AAACUUGGAAUGCAUUUUUUCCAUUCACAUUCGAAAGCCAAGUAUUUGUAAACAUUGUCUCCAAGCCAGGCGGCGGCGACGGCAAAUCGGAAUAUAAUUAACAUUCAAGAUAGAGAUAGCCAUGAGUGAUUCUGAAAGUGGGGAUGAUGCCUAUGGACCUCCUCUUCCUCCUGGCUUUACAUCAGGGAAGUCUAGGUCCAGUAAAACUGAAGAAGAUGAUGACUCUUUCAUGCCAGCCCUACCUCCUCACAUGGUGAAAUCUGCAACGAAGAAGGAAGCCACUGAAGACAGUGAGGAGGAGGAUGCAUAUGGCCCAGCCCUACCAUCCCACAUACAGAAAAACACAUCAAAGAGAAAAGGAGACGAGAGUGAGGACAGCCACAACAAAGCUCCCAAGGUAGACACAGGAAACAGUGAAGAAGAAUCAGGAGAUGAGGAUGAUAUGUAUGGACCUGCAUUACCACCACACCUGCUACAGAAGAAGAAGGAUGGUAUAGAACCCUCCCAAAGCCAGAAGCGUGUGCUAGGACCCGCGCUGCCCAAGGGUUAUGUUCCAUCUGCUUCAGCAAUGCCUGUGCCAGAGGAAGAGGAGAGCAGUGAGAGCGAAGAGGAUGGUUUCAUUGUGGGACCAACACCAUCUACAGAAAAAAUAGAUGAAGAGGAAUACAGAAUAAGACAGCUUGAGUAUAGAGCAAAAAAAAUGAAGGAUAAAUUGCAAGGAAAAGUUGAAGACAAACCAAUGCAAAGAGAAUCUUGGAUGUUAGAGCUUCCUGAAGACAGAAAAAGCUUUUGUGGUUUGGAGGCAAGGCAGUUUAGAAGAAAAGCACCCAUGGAAAGGGGUGACCGAUCAGUUUGGACAGACACACCAGCUGAUAAAGAGAGAAAAGCUCAGAUGGGAAUUGAUGAAGAUGGUAAAGAUUAUGCUCCAGAAGACAUUGCAGCCAAGAAAAGGGAUGACAAAUUAUCAGAAAUGGUGGAGAGUUACAACUCAAAGAAGAGAGCUGAACCUUUGAUCGACAUGCACAAGAAGAAAAAGAAGGAAAUGGAACCCAAAGAUGGGAAGAAGGAGCGUCGUCCAUUCAGCAGAGAGGAAGAUAUGAAUGUUAAUAAAUUUGAUGAUGUCCAGAAAGAAAAGAUCUUAAAGAAAGCUCGACACUUAAAUGACAGAUUUUCUUCUGGUGAUAGAAAGUUCCUGUAACUUACUCCACCUCUCAAAAGAAUAAGGAUCUUUAAUGUUACAGUGUUUUCUUAAAACAAGGUGAGGUUACUUUCUAAAAAGUCAAGUACAAAGAGGAACAUUUCUAAUUUUAGUCAGGUCUCAAUUUUCUUCCAAAAUGUUCUAAAACUCUGUAUAUCUGUUGCCAUCUGUCUUUUCUUUACAGAAAAUGUUUUAUGACUUUUAUUUUAGGAUGUAUUAAUAUAUUCGUUAUCAAUAUGAAUAUUUGAUAUUUUCCUUAAGUUAUUUUUAUUGUAAUUAAAGAUUAAGAGAACUAUUAUCUUUA